AUGAGAAUAAGGAAUAAGCUCUUCCUGUUUUUCGGGGCCUUACAGCUUGCGCUUGUAGCAGCUGAGAACUUUAUCGAGAAAACGAGCUACAGUACGGAGAUUCCGUGCUCCGAAUGCACCUGCGAGGAGAAAUGCUCUUCCUGUGGUGUUUGUGUCAAUUUCAUUCUUGAUACGAGCUGCGAUUCUAUGGCCGAAUUGCGGCUGAUGAAAGACUUCAUAGGAAACCUGGUGGACGAGAUGAUCCUCUCCGACGAUCGACAUCGCUUCCACCCGUUUCUGAUCAUCAAUUCUAACGGACGAGAUAUCUUCAACCUUCAUCCUUCCCAAACUAGCGCUUCCCUUCGCCUCAACGAGAUUAAAGUGGCAGUUAACGCGCUUAGACCUUCUGGAUCUUUCAACCUUGAUCAAGCUCUCCGCGCGUCCUCGGAAUUAAACGAGGAUUUGGGCGCUCACUGCAGCUCGAAAAUCAACGUAAUCAUCAGCAACGGCGGCGAUGGCCAUGUUAUGAUGGAAAGAUUUGAGAACAAGGCGGAUGCGAGCUAUUUGCUGACAUUGAACAACUGGGCGUGCGAUCGGGGACAGAAGGAGGAUUGCUGGAGAGCAGAAGUGGUAGACAAACUGCGCGCAAAUGGAGCUACGAUCCUCAACUUGCCAGUUGAUAGCCAUCGAGAUUAUGUGAAAACAGCGAUUGUCGAGUACGUCGACCCUUGCGAAGAAAAGUGCGAGGAGCACUGCACAUGCGACUGUCAAAUUGAUGUCAAGAAUUGCGCAGAUGACGAAGCUCAAAAACCAUGCUGCGGAAAACGGGGCGAACAGGGCGCAACUGGGCAGAAAGGUGGAAGAGGAGCUAGCGGACCAGAUGGGCCAAAAGGAGAGAAAGGGCAAAAGGGAGCAGUUGGAGAAAUCGGAGAAACUGGAAGAAAAGGUCCUCAAGGUCCCCAGGGAGCUCCGAAUGACGUUCGAGGGCCAGUUGGGGAAGAUGGAGUCGAUGGCGCUCCUGGAGAGAGAGGCGAGCCUGGCCCUGCUGGAUAUCCUGGUUCCGCUGGCGAAAUGGGUCCGAUGGGCCAUCCUGGCGAUGAAGGCGACGUCGGUUUGGCCCCUCCUGGAGCCAAAGGAACUAAAGGAGCGACAGGGCAAAAAGGCGAACGCGGCCGAAGCGGUCCCAUGGGUCCAGCGGGCGCCGGAGUGGGCUCAUCCAGUUUCUACGACACUUACAAAAGCUUACUCAAGAAAUCGCUGCUGGAGAGCUUUCGAAAAGGAAACGUUCCGACUUCAAUCGCGAACAAGUUCAAGAAAAUCGCCGAAAAGGAGUCGAACAAGAUGUGUUCUUGCAAUUGCGAUUUGAAUGGGCGCUGUGACAGGACUACUUCACAGCCGAGCUAUCCGCAGAGCAAACAACUGGAUAGAAAGAUAUGCCUUCCUAAGAAAUCGACCGCUUUUGACAAUCCUUCCGUGCGAGUCCCACCAACAGUCGCGCCAUCAACGAUCCGCAAAGUCUACCGCCAGCCAACGAGCAACGACGUUGUUCCAUCAAAGAAACCAGCUCCGCGCAAAUUCAGAAGACGAAGAUUCAGAAGAAAACGAUACCAUCACUAG